AUGCAGCGGGGACGGAUGUCGAAGGACGAUGAGGCGUCGAUCAGCCAGAUGAUGGAGCGUAUGCAGAUGGAGGACAUCAUCACCCACUACAACCGGCUGGCGGACACCUGCUUCACGCAGUGCGUCGGCGAUUUCAAAUCGAAUGCGCUGCUGCAAAACGAAGAGGUCUGCGGAGACCGCAACAAGACGGAGCAGCUUCAGGAAGCGUUCUUCUACUUCGACGAGGAGCGAACGGGGAGCAUCCAUCUCGACAAGCUGCGCGAGAUUGUGCAGCGCUCUGGUGAGGCCAUGGGCUACCAAGACGUGGAGGAGUUCCUUGCUGAGGCGUCCAACUUUGCCGAUGGUGCUGGCAACGUCGACUACAACUCGUUCGCCCAGCUCAUGUAUUCUGAGGACUAA